CACACUUAUUGAGAACUAGUUACAGACAAAAUGUUUUGUUUGAUAUUCAUAUUGAUAGCUCAGAGCAUACAGUGUGAAGCAGGACGUCGGAUAUUUCAAGGUCGGGACGUUGUUCUGGGAGAGUUUCCAUACGUCGCCAACUGGGGAACUCUGAUAAAAGAUGCCAAGAAAACGAAAUUCGAUCCUUAUUGCACAUGCAGCAUCAUUUCGCCUACGUGGGCAAUAUCGGCUGCACACUGCAUGGAAAAACCACCCCUUUUGACGGGAAAUUAUAUCAACUACGCCUCUCAUGUACCAUCAGAUUUAGGAAAGUUCGCUGCAGUACUCCAGGCGAUUGCACAUCCUAACUAUGACUUCGACAACGAAUAUGCAUUUUUGAAGAACGAUAUUUGUCUCAUACGCACUAAACGGAUUCAAAUAGAGACAUAUGCCGUACUCAGCGCUGUUGAUUAUCUUAGUCUGAUCGGUCAAGAAGUAUACGUAGCUGGUUACGGAGCGACAAACGAUUCUUCAGAAGUGGAUUUAACGAUUUUCGUAAAUAAGCCAUUGCAAGUAUUCAAGGGUAUGGUUAUUAAGUGCCUUGAAAGAAAAGCAGAUGCGACUUUCAGUUCCGUUUGUUUUUCAUCACCAUGUGGCUCCCUGGCCAUGAUCUGUGGAGGAGAUUCCGGUGGACCCGUGAUACAUACAUCUGGGAUCGUUGCAGUUAAUUCUUGGAGCCGGAACGAUUGUGAAUUUUUAAUUAAUUUGAAGAAUAUUCAUAAACAUUCCUUAGCUCGAGCCGCGUCUGGCGUCGGUUCACCUGUCAGCGCAGUACUCGACUGGAUCUCACACACAAUCGCGAAUACAGUUUGA